AUGACCUCGGAGCUAGACAGCGAUGGUUGGUUGGGAAGCAAUCAAAACUCUUUAUGUCACCUGGAUCUAGCACCACGUAACAUACUGGUCAAUCCAGCACCCGAUGAUGCUCAAGUAUUCGAAAUCUCCGCCAUCCUCGACUGGGACAGCGCGGUUUUCGCCCCCAGCUUCAUGUCCUGUGCCCCCCCACUCUGGAUUUGGGCUUGGAAUGACGACGAGGACGAGCGAACAGCGGAUAAUGAUCCUCCCACUCCAGAGUUGCGCCAGCUGAAACAUCUUUUUGACAAUGCUGCAGGUUCCGAUUAUGUAUAUUUUGCAUAUGAGCCUCCGUACCGGUUGGCUAGGCGGUUGGUGUAUUUUGCUAUUCAUGAAAUAGGAUACAACGAAGAGGUGAAAAAGGCUAGUGAAAUGCUGAAGGAAUGGGCUGAUAUGCGCCGAUCAAAACCAACAAGGCAGAGAAGAAUAUAG